CGUAUUUGGCUAAAACCCCGGUCGCAGAUAUUUUGGGAAGAGACUUGCCAAGAUUGGGAAGAAAAGGACUGGAAUGAGAAUUUCCACAUGUCUAAAGAAGCAUUUAAUCGCCUUUGCCGAGAACUUUCGCCACAUAUCUCUAAAAGGGACACCAAUUACAGGAAAGCCAUUACAGUGCGCCAUCGAGUUGCCAUAACAUUAUAUUAUUGGCUCGCGGACACGGCUCACUUUCGAACGAUCUGAAAUCUAUUUGGUGUCGGAAAAUCCACUGUUUGUGGUAUUGUGCGACAGGUAUGCGAGGUGAUAGUGAACGUUCUUCUUCCCAAUUAUAUAAACGUUCCCCAAAAUCAACAUGAAGUCCAAGAAAAAAUUGAAGGUUUUAAAAGUCGCGCGGGCUUUCCCCAGGUGGUUGCAGCAGUCGAUGGUUGCCAUGUCCCAGUCAUUGGACCUCGGCAAAGUCCAGAUGAUUAUGUUAACAGGAAGGGAUUCCACUCAUUAAUCCUUCAGGGGCUAGUAGAUUGUUAUUAUCUAUUUCUUGAUAUAUGUGUUGGAUGGCCGGGUAAAGUACACGACGCACGUGUCUUCAAGAACUCUCCAUUGUUUGCCUUGUGUUGUGCCAGAGCUUUUCUUCCGCUCGAUAUGUCGGUGAUGAUAUCUGGUGUACAAGUUCCUCCCCUGAUAUUAGGUGACUCAGCUUAUGCUCUCAGCAAUUGGCUGAUGAAACCAUAUAUUGAUCGUGGAAAUCUGACCCCGGAGGAACGCAGUUUCAACAUAAAACACAGCACGACUAGAGUA